AUGAAUACCUACACCAGGGCUCCUGAACUGGCGGCCCGCGGACUCCAGGCUCCAGGAGGAGAAAAAUGGGAACACUAUGGAGUUCUCAGAUUGGUGGUUUUAUUUUCAUGGUUGCAUCAUCUAUACAUCUACACAUCCACAAGCACUUACACCCUCACUCAGCAUCAAUACAUCUACACAUCCACAAGCACUUACACCCUUCCUCAGCAUCUAUACAUCAACAAAUAUCCACACCCUCACUCAGCAUCUAUACAUCUAUACACCCACAAACCCCUACGCCUUCCCCCUGGGCAACGAAAGCAUCCGCUCCCUCCGCCGCCGCCGCCUCCGGAGCGCAAGCGACCGGAUCGCGACCCACAACAAACCCGAGACCCGAAGAUGCCCCUCAAGGAUUAUUUCGGGGACGCGGUGGGCCUGGGCAUCAGUGCCGGCCUCGCCUACUCGUUUUACACCUUCGCCAAAGCUGGGAGGGAGAUGGUGCACAAUCUGAAGAAUGUUCCCGAGCUGGAGAUCAAUGCAAAUCUUGUCUCCAAGCUGUCGGAGAGUGGAGGGGGAGUGUUGGCGUGCGUGCGGGGAGUGGUGAAAGCAUCAGACGUUGCCAUUAGGUGUGUCGCUCGGCCAGAGGUUGCUGGUGUCAUCUGGCGUCAUACGAUUCAAGAACACCUUGUGGCACAAGUGAUGGGGUUCUGGAUGAAUGACAAGAGGACAGUGGACUCCUCGACAAGCAGCGUUCCCUUCAUGCUAAUGGACAAGGGCAUUGGGGUCCAAAUUUCAGAUCCAGCAAAACUAGAGGAUGUCGACUUGAUACUAGUAAGCGACAAAUUUGGCGUCGCUAACAACUCCCUUGCAGACCACCUCUGGGGCUGGAUGAAGGGCAUUCGAUCUACUGGGACGCAACAAACAGAGGAAAUGUUAGUCGAGGGCACCCAGGCCAUGGGCAUUGGACAGCUGACCCUGAAGAAUGAAGCCCUCUACCUCGACCACUCUCCUUUGGUCCCGUACAUGGUUACGACCCGAAGUAAACAGGCCAUUGUGGAGGAACUUGAUGGACCAGUACCCUAUUUACGGGUACUUAGUGUGAUCACUGCAUGCGGAGUCGCCUUCUAUAGCUACCGCAUCCUGAAGCGCUGGUACCGCAGCUGGCGUAAGGACAUCCGCCGGCGUGACGAGCAGCGUGUGCUGGAUGAGGCCCGGGCGAGGCGUGAGGCCCAGGGCAAUGACCUCCCAGAGAGCCUCAUGUGCGUUGUCUGCUGUGGGCUCCGCGACGUCCUGCUGGUGCCGUGCCGCCAUGUGUGUGUUUGUAGUGAGUGUGCGCUGAAGCUCAACCCCAGAGUGUGCCCCGUCUGCCGGACAGAUAUUGAACGGAUCCAGCCUGUCUUCUACUCGUGAUUGAGUCUUCUGUUAGUCAGUCCUGGGCCCAAAUGUGUGCUAUCAAUUCUGUGAUACGUGCUCAAGAUUUUCUCGCGCUCUUUUUCACCAAUGUACGUAAGAACUUCAUGGAUGUUGUACAAUUGUAUAUAUUAUAAACCCAAAAGAAAAAUAGGAUGAAGUAUAUUUAGAAAGCUUGUGUCAGUGAGCAUGAUAGUCAGUAUUUUAGUCAAAACAUAUAUACAUAUAUAUAUAUUUGCAGCUGUCAGUAACUUCCAUGACUGAGGGAAUCUGAAUGUGCCUUUUUUUUUCUCUAGUCACAUGAUAGCUCUGUUCAUUUAUGCACAUUAUAUUUUCUGUUGAGUUAUUAUACAUUGGUCAAAGUUUAUGUUCUUAGUACUAAAUAUGUAGGUGUUCAUGAAUUAGUUGUAGGAGAAAGAAAAGAGAAAUUGUAGGUUAAUAAGAUGCUACUUUUAUUUGACUUCCUGGUAAUCCUAAUAGGCAGCUUAUUGGUGAGAUGGAUAUGAAGAUGAUAAAAUAUGUAAUGAGAAUAAUAAAAGUAGUUUUCUUUGAUUUCUUAAAUUAUGCACAAUUCAUUACUAUGCACUGGUUUAUGUUUCCUAAUUAGUGGGCAAUAUAUAAUUAUUAAACUAAGAUUUCAGGUUAUUAGAAAUUUAAAGUCCUAUAAGGUAUUGCCACAUGUUCAGUUGGCAAGGUGUGGUGAUGUAGCAUGAGGACGGAGAAUACAUGGGAAAUAGACAAAUAGAAGCAUGACUUAUGUAUCAGACAGAAGCACUGACUUUGCAUGAACAGAUCUGUAAGCCUGCCUUUUGGUUGUGAAUAGUAUUGAGAGAGAUUUUGUAGCUCAGUGGCAGCAAUCUACAAUUCAGUCACACACACUGGCAAACUGCAUUGAGGGACAGGAUCACAGGGGAGUCAGUAUAUGUAUAUAUAUUUAUGCCUGGUUAUUAUGCUUAGAAACUAGUGAGUCCCAUGCUUAAGCACUAUGCUUGCCCCCUGGUUGUGUGAGAUGGUCUUGAGAUGGGUUGCAACAUCAUCAACCAUUUGUGCAAAUUAAUAAUUUCAGGUGAGUUAUUUGUGUAGGUUUCAAGUUGUAAAUACCACUGAUGGGGAAAAUUGAUGAUGUUUUGUAAUUGCAUGAAAAUUAUUACACCUGAUUUGUUGUGACCGAUUAUGUGAAUUAUAUGCUUUAGAGGAAGUGGAUACUUUCUUCUACUGAAUACCAGUAAAUAAACUUUUGUUAUUUCAUUAUAGAAG